CCUUUAGUUUAGCUGUAAUUUAUUCUCUGUGCUCGCCUCCCAUGCUUCAACAUUUGCUCUCCCACCCCCCAUUUUCCUCCGCCAUUACUAAUACAUCGAGCUUUUAACCAGUGCUACAACAUUUGAAAUCCAGAAGAAGGGAAAAGGAAGUCAAAACCCAAAACCCACAAUUCAAAUGGGCAUUAAAGACCUCCUCAGAUUCAUGAAGCCCUAUAUUCAGCCCAUUCACAUAAAGAAAUAUGCAGGCAAACGUGUGGGUAUCGACGCCUAUUCGUGGCUGCAUAAGGGAGCUUAUUCAUGUAGUAUGGAGAUUUGCCUUAAUUCAGACAGUGAUAGAAAACUGCGAUACUUAGACUACUGUAUGCAUAGAAUCAAUCUGCUUCGCCAUUACAAGAUAGUCCCAGUUGUGGUUUUUGAUGGUGGGAAUGUUCCGUGUAAGGCAGCCACUGAGCAAGAGCGGCACAGAAAAAGAGAGGCAAACAAGGAAUUGGCGAUGGAGAAGUUGAAAGAAGGGAAUGUUGGUGCUGCCUCUGAGCUUUUCCAGCGAGCAGUGAACAUUACUCCCUCCAUAGCAAAUCAACUCAUAAAGCUCCUUAGAGAACAGAACAUUGAAUUUGUGGUAGCCCCAUAUGAGGCUGAUGCACAGUUAGCGUAUCUUUCCAGCCUUGAAACACAAAACGGGGGAAUUGCGGCUGUGAUUACAGAGGAUAGUGAUCUGAUUGCAUAUGGUUGUAAAGCUGCAAUCUUUAAGAUGGACCGAUAUGGCAAUGGUGAAGAGAUGAUGCUGGAUAAGAUUUUUGACUCUGCAGGCUGCACACCUUCCUUCAGAAAUUUUGAUAAGGAAUUGCUCACGGGUAUGUGUGUAUUGGCUGGCUGUGAUUUUCUUCCUUCUGUUCCUGGAAUUGGCAUUGCGAAGGCGUAUGCCUUGGUUUCCAAGUAUCGGAAUUUGGAACGUGUUCUAUCUGUUCUGAAGCUUGAGAAAAGGAAACAAAUGCCUGAAGAUUACUUCAAAUUUUUUAGACAAGCUAUGGCAGUUUUUCAGCACGCACAGAUAUAUGAUGUUGAAACAAGAAAGCUUAGACACAUGAAACUGCUUCCUGUAGGGCUUCUGCAGUCCCUAGAUGGAGAAAUUGAUUUCCUGGGACCAGAUAUGCCUCCUUCAAUAGCUGCUUCAAUUGCUGAAGGAAGGUUAAACCCCAUAACUAUGGAGGCCUUUGACUAUUUCCCAAGCAACGAAUGUCGCCAAGACCCUAUGCGAAUCAAGAACACCGUGAGACUUCCAAGGCCUGAGGCAGCCGAGGUAUCUGCCAAAGAGAGCUGUUUCAUGGUCUUCGCCUGUAAGGACAACGAAAGACUUAUCCCGGAUAAGAGAAUUAAACCAGUCGUAGAUGAGAAGAAUUUUAAAGAAGAAUUGGCUCUAGAGAAGCUGAGUACACCAUUGGACGUUCAAAGGACUAAUGAAGACAAAAACGUUAUUGACUACAAGUCACUAAAGACUCCUAACAACAAUCCAUUCAAGAGAAGGAAAGAUGAUGACCUGCAAUUGGAUUUGACAGAUAGUGCUGAUGAAGAAAUUUUAGUCAUAAGCGAGGAUGAAUGUGAGGAAUCGUCGUGUGACACUUCAGAUAACUUAAUAUUAGAAUCUUCCAAGAAAAGAAAACUCUACAAAACUCUCUCCUAUCAAGUGGAUAAUUUUUCUGAGUACAAAUCAGAGGUGACCCAAGAAGAGGAUUUGGUGCUGUUAGAAUUGACACCAGAAUCCCAAAAAAGUGUGAGCUCAAAGAUAAGCACUGUCAUCGGUAGAAAAAGAGUCGUAGGCAAGGAGAACAAGAGAAAAAGUAACUGUAAUAGUUCAGGUAUUCAAAAGAAUAGUAUUUUGAACUUCUUCUCUCGAGUAUGAUUGUGUAAAUUUCAAUGACGAAACCCCUAUUCUAUGUCAUGAAAAUCCAUUCAGAAUUUAUGUUGGGAAAAUAUUUGUGUUUUUGCAUUAAUGCACUUUGAGUGUAAUUGUAGUGAUUGAACCGACCAAAAUGGAAAGCAUUGUUUAACACAGACUACAAAUUUUAAUGACAAAGCGUAGGAAGUUCUUGGGAUUACUGCCUGAUGAUUUUGAUCUAAA